AUGUCGCUCUUCUCGGCUAUGGCCGACGACGGCAGCAGCAGCAGCAGCAGCAACAGCGUGUGGGCGCAGGGCUCGUCGCUCUUCAACGUGUCGAGUCCGCUGAACGACCUGCUCGAGCGCGACGACUUUACGCUGGAGCAGGUGCUGCAGGAGGACGAGCUCGUGCAGGAGGUCAAGACGCGCAACACGAAGCUCAUUGAGUUCCUCUCGCAGGAACUGAUUGUCCAGCGACUUGUCGAGUACGUCGUGUGUGUGCCCGAGGACAAGUCGGACGACUUGCGGACGCUCAAGUACCCGUACAUGGCGUGCGAAGUCAUUUGCUGUGACAUUUCGAGCAUCACCGAGACGCUCGUGACGGCCUCUGAGGGCAAUAUCGUCGAGACGCUGUUUGAGUUUCUGUACGAGCCUGAAGGAGUGCUGGAUCCUCGCCUUGCGGGGUACUUUGAGAAGAUCGUGACCAUGCUCAUGGUGCGUAAACCGCACGAGAUGACGACGCUGCUCAACAAGAACUCGGACAAGUUGCUGGCAGGCUUUGCCCGUCACGCGGCGAGUUUUUCCAUCUCAGAGCUGCUGAAGCGUCUGUUGCAGCCAGACCAUAGUGACUACAUGGACGACUGCAUGGACUUUCCAGGCAUGUCGAUGGGGUUCCCGCCCUCGAAUUCGUGGUACGGAGGCGAGGAUGAGGACGGACUGAGCGCAAGUGGCACCCCCACGGCGUCCAAGGACAAGACGUUGACGUGGCAGCUGGAACCCAAGGUGGUGGAUCUGUUGCUGGCUACGUUGACAGACGCGAAAGCAGAUAGUGACGCUCACAAGCACGCGUCGGAAGUGCUGGUCGAUAUCAUCCAAUGCGGAACGCGUGCCCAACGAACGGAUCCGGCCUCGCCUGCGAGUUCGACGACACCCGUCUCGUUUGCGCUGUUGGAGCAUUUGGAGACAAAGGAAGUAGCCGAGAAGCUAGUUGCGCUGGCCGUUCCUGCAGACGAUACUGCCGCCUCGUGUGUGUCGUCGAUGACAGGUGCUAUCUCUGUGCUAAGUGCUCUACUAUCACGCGCCACGAACUCGCGGUACUGCGCCACGGACGAGGCACCGCCCGCAGUAAUGUGCACCAUUGAGCGUUUGCCGCAAAUUUGUGCAAUCCUCAAGGCAGACGGAGCGGUUGCUGGCAGUAUCCGUAACCAGCGCCACCAGGAAGUCCCGCGUUUGGGCUUGCGUCGAUUGAAGAUGGUGGGGCUUGUUGUUCUGCUGAUGCAGUCGAAGUACCAGAAGGUGGACACGGCGCUGCUCGAGCAUCACGCCAUUGGUAUUUGCCUGGAUCUGUUCUUUAAAUUCGAGUUGGUGAACAUGCUCCACGCUGAUGUCGAAAGCAUGGUGAUUGGCAUCCUAGAAAGUGGUAGCCACAAUUUGCUGGUAGGAUUAGUGAAGGAAGCGCGUCUGCUGCCGCGCAUUGUCGAGGCGCACGAGAAGAACAGUGAAGCUACAGCAGUUGCGAGGGGCUUUUCGCUCGGAUAUGUGGGUCACCUUCACCGAAUUUGCAACACGCUGAUGACGAUGCUAGACGAUGUACGUGGCAGCGCAAAAGACGAAGGGUCGUUGAAUGAGAUGCGGCAUGCCGACACGGUGCUCGAGCUGUUCGAAGAGGACGAAGUCACGUGGAAGAAGUGGGAUGAACUGUCGAGCAAGGUGCUUGCCCCCAUUUACGAGCGUGAGCGCUUGCCUCUGGGUGGUGCAACAGUUACUCAGGGAGGCGAGGAUCCGUACUCAGGCAUGAGCUUCAACCAGAACGACGAGCUGCUGAACGCACAAUUCGUCGAGAUGCUCGGCGCUUCGGGCUUUGGCUCUGACCCCAAUGGAUUCGAUACGGACUUUGACGCAAAGGAUUCUGACACACCUAUGCUGCCAGAAAUCAUGAAUGACAGUAGCAGUAGCGAGGAAGAAGAUGAGGAAGAGCUCGCACGGCAGGAUAGCGUCCCGAAGGAUAGCGGAGAUCGUGUCGGCGCCGACAGGUGGGCAAGCUGCGAGUCCAGCGGCAGUUGGGCCAAGUUUGAGGGAACUUUCGAGGACAUUCCGUAUGAGCCCAUUCCCGGUAUGGAGAAUGACGAUUUCGAAGACGAUGAGCCUGCAGCAGCAGUUGUAACUACGACCGAUCUGGCUGCGACCAUUGCAGCCUCGCGGUUGGCCGAAGCUGCCGCUGCUGCCGCUCCCGUAGCGACAGAAGCGGCAACAGCGGAGGUACCGGUGGAGGCAGAUGCGAAGGCUGUUGCAACGACCGAGUCGAGUGCAACAGCGGACACAGAGACGGAACCUCCGACUGUGGAGGACGCUCCAGGGAAGGACGCUGCUGCAUCGGAGGCACAGGCGUGA